AUGAAUCUACUAAUGGUAGCUAUGCUUUUGUUAGCCAUGUUGGCAUUUCAGCCGACAUUGAUUUAUGGCACAAAGAACAUGGCAUCAGCUGGCCGGAGCAACAGCAAUCCACCCGCCAGCCUCAAUGCGGAACGUAAACCGAGAUCAUCGUCUUUGUCGUCUUCCAAACACAGCAAAAGGCAUUCAUCCGAGACAUUCCAGCCAUUGUAUUCGCCCGCAUUGUCGGCAUCAUCUAAAUUGGUUUUGUCCCUAGAAUCGGGUGAUGUUUUGGUGCGUGCAGCACGUGGUGCUGCUUCUGCUGCCUCAGAUAAACAAAAUCCAACGCCUGUUAUUGCUACGGGCAGCAGUAACAAUGGUGGUGGCAACAAACGUCAAAAGAGCGGACGGGGUAAACAUUUGGAUAAGAAAUUUUCGGCCGCAUCGGGAGGAUUAGCUGCUGCUGCUGUUGGUGGUCAACAACAAACGGGCGGUAGAGGAAAACAACGCCAAAUGUUGAAAUCACAAAAUCAUCAGGGAAAACGUUCCGGAAACAAAGCAAUUCGAGAUGAUGCCGCCCCAGGUGAAAGUGAAAAGACACCUAGCUGCCGUUAUGCCAAGAGCGAUUGGAGUGAAUGUGAUGCCAAGACCAAUACCCGCUCUCGUACACUGCAGUUGAAGAAGGGUGAUGCCAGCUGCCAACCAACUCGGACAAUGGAAAAGAAAUGCAAAAAAACUUGCCGCUAUGAAAAGGGCGCCUGGUCCGAAUGUAUUAACGGUCAAAUGACGCGCGAGGAUAAAUUGAAAUUAACAGGCGGCAAUGAGUCGGCGACGUCCAGCUGUGAGGCUGUGCGUAGCAUCAACAAAAAAUGUAAUCCCAAUAAUAAUGGCGGUGGCGCCGGAGGCAAGCAAGCCGGCAAUGGUGGUAAAAAGGAACGCAAAAAUAAGGACAAAGGUUCACGCCGCCAACAGGCCCAACAGCAACAGGCAGCAGCACAUCAACAGCAAUCUUAA